AUGGGCCCCCUGGCUCCACAGGCCCCAUACCUGUCAGAGCAGGCCCCUCCUCCAACCUUGCCAGUGCCCGCCCUCUGGCCCCCGCUGGCCCUUGCACUUGCUGCCGUCAGUGCUUCCUCGACCCCUGUCGGCCCCGCAUUCCUGGCCCUAAUCAGCCCCCUAUGCUCGCCGCUGCCGACCUUCUACCCGCUGGCCCUUUCUCUCGCUGCUACUGAUGCUUCCCUUACCCACACCAACCCCGCCAAAUUGGCCCCCACCGAACCCCUACGCUUUCUGUCAUCGACCUUCUACCCGCUGAACCCUGUGAUCGCUGCCGCCGGUGCUUCCCCAGCCCCCACCAACCUUGCCUUCCUAGGCCUCAUCAGCCUCUUACGCUCCCUCGUGACCGCCUCUCCUCCGAUCCCUGCCAGCCUUCCCCGCACGUGCCCACAGCUCCUCCAAAAACCACAACACCUCCACCCGAUCACCACAGCACCACCCGCCCACCACCGGAGCACCGCCCAUGGGCCACCUCCACUCGACCCCACCCCCGUGGCACCUCCCUCUUGCCUUUUUUAG